AUGAAAUUAGCAGAGAUGAAGCACCACCACUACCACCAUGACAACUGCAGAUGUCUUCCUCAAUCUUCAGCUUCUGGUCGCCACUCUCUUGCCUGCGACUGCGACCACCGGUCGGCGAUGGAGGAGAUCUCCAGGGAGCAGUCUCUGGUGACACAGCUGCGAGCCAUCGUCCUCCCUACGCUGCAGCAGGCGGACGAACGCUACGAGCUUGUUGCCCAGAUGUUCCAGAGCAUACUGGAUUGCUCCAGCAAGACCAUGGCCGAGCUGCAGCGUCAUCAGUCUGAUGAUGAUGCUCAACCAGAUGAUGUGCUGGUUGAUGACAAGAAGAGAGUGAAGAGGAGUAUCUCUGAUGACUGCAUCAGGAAGGAGGAGGGUGUCAGCAAGGAGGAGGAUGUUGUUAAGCCGCGUCAUCAGCAGCUCAAGAGAGGGAGAUUUGUUGAGUCGAUGUCACUUGAAACGCCCGUUCCACGCUAUGAUGGACGGCAGUGGAGGAAAUACGGGCAGAAGCACAUCAACAAAUCAAAACACCCAAGAGACGAGACUCUGUUAAUCGCCACCAUCUCAAAAUUUAGAGAGACGAGACUCUGUUAA